GGUUAAGUACGGAUGCAAAUAACUUCAUGUUUGUGAGAUUGAUGUAAUGACAAAACAUGGUUUCACAUUAUUUUUUAUUUUUCUCGGCCGUCGCUAGCACUACAUGUAGGGACGAACAAGAUUUCUGUGAGAGUAAAAGUUGUAAUGAACGAGACUUUGAGCAGAAUCACUUCUAUACCAAUGUAAAAACAUAUGGAGAAAUACCACUGACAUUAUCACAUAAACUUUCAGAUGCUCUCCCUCUUGAUGAGGUGGAUGGUCCUGUUAUUCGUACUGUGAAGGGAUGUGUGUUUUCAGAGUGUCAGCCCACCCCUCUGAAAGAGCCCCUGACACUGGCUGCUGUGUCACAGGAUGUGUUGAGGAAUAUUUUGGAUCUGAAUGAGUCUGUGAUUCAGAAUGAAGAAUUUGUUCUUUGUGUCAGUGGUGGAAAACUGUUUCCUGGCUCGAUUCCACUGGCACACAGAUACGGGGGCCAUCAGUUUGGUUAUUGGGCAGGACAGCUGGGGGAUGGAAGAGCACAUUUGCUGGGUGAAUAUACAAACAGAUUCCAUGAACUGUUCAAAGCAAAGUUAGGCUUUCUGGGAAAUCAAGAAGAGGAUUCAUAUGUGAUUGCAUUUCUUCUAAAGCUGAUGGAGGACACUGGAGCAGACUUCACCAUGACUUUCAGACAGCUGAGUGAAGUCACUCUGUCCCAGCUUCAGACGGGAUCCUUUCCUCCGUCAAUGUGGGCUCUGUCAGACCUCUUAUCACAUGAGUAUUUCAGAGACUGGGUUCAGCUGUAUUUAAAGCGUCUGUCAAGGAUGAAAAGUGACUCAGAUGCAGCACGUCAGCACAGAAUGCAAGGAGUCAACCCUCGGUAUGUAUUGAGGAACUGGAUGGCUGAAUCUGCUAUCAGAAAAGCAGAGAAAAAUGACUUUUCAGAGGUGGCGCUGUUGCAGAAGACUCUAACAGAGCCGUUUGUGGAGCAGGAGGAGGCUGAGAGAGCCGGAUACUCCAGUAAACCUCCAUCCUGGACUCAGCAGCUGAGGGUCAGCUGUUCUUCCUAAUCUAUUUUCUCA